AUGUCCGCAACAAGUUCAACAAUAUCAGAUACAGAUGCUGCUCUUUUAGAGCGUAUCCGCCAGCAUCUUCUCAACGACGAUGACUUUGAAACCUUGGCAAAAACCGCCCAAAAUGUUCGAUUCCAUUGUCCAAAUUCAAGCUUCGACACAUUUUCGUCGGCAGAGACAACAAUGUGGUUCGACGCAACUGAUUACGACGACAUGGGCAUUUAUCAUGAGCACCCGAAAGACGCUGUCGGGUCCAAAUCACCCAGCUCGUCAAAUGAGCAACCUGUCAUGGAUUAUGGAGACGUCCAAACGAAUGAGGCACUGCCUGAAGGGUCCCGCUACCGGGGAGUGAGGAAACGGCCAUGGGGGAAGUAUGCGGCGGAGAUUCGAGACCCGAAGAAGAACAGCGCAAGGAGGUGGCUGGGGACCUUUGAGACGCCGCGAGAGGCCGCACUGGCUUACGACCAGGCCGCAUUCGCAAUGCGUGGGGCCAAGGCCCGGCUGAAUUUCCCUCACUUGAUCGGUUGCGACGAGGUGGAGCCGGUGAGGGUGACUCGGAAGCAGCACCGGUCAACUAAGGCCGAGAGCAGCUCGCUGGAUCCGAAGUGGAGAAAGGAGGAUUUGAUUGGCCUGGCCAGCGACCCCCACGAGCUUAAUAGUUUCAUCCUAUCGUUUCGAUAG